AAGAAGAAGACGACUAUGACGAUACUUGUAGUUAGUCACAUGCUCAUCAUUUCCGUUCACAAACUAUGAGACAAGCAGUAUAUCGCAUGUAAUUUAAAUCAGAAUUUUAUCUGGACAUUAAUCAGUUAUUGAUCAUCUGCAGGCUACAGUGAAGUUUAGUAGUGAAAUGUCCAGCACAGCCAUGAAGAAGAAGGUUUUGUUGAUGGGUAAGAGCGGAUCAGGAAAGACUAGUAUGAGAUCCAUCAUCUUCGCCAAUUACAUCGCCAGAGACACUCGCCGCCUCGGCGCCACCAUUGAUGUGGAGCACUCUCAUGUGCGAUUCCUGGGUAAUCUCGUGCUGAAUCUGUGGGACUGCGGCGGUCAGGACACUUUCAUGGAAAACUACUUUACGAGUCAGAGAGACAACAUCUUCCGUAAUGUGGAGGUGUUGAUUUACGUGUUUGACGUGGAGAGUCGAGAGCUGGAAAAGGACAUGCAUUACUACCAGUCGUGUCUGGAAGCCAUCCUGCAGAACUCACCUGAUGCCAAGAUCUUCUGCCUGGUGCACAAGAUGGAUCUGGUACAGGAGGAUCAGAGAGACCUGAUAUUUAAAGAGCGCGAGGAGGAUUUGAAGAGAUUGUCUCGACCCCUGGCCUGCACCUGCUUCAGAACAUCUAUUUGGGAUGAAACGCUGUAUAAAGCCUGGUCCAGUAUCGUGUAUCAGCUCAUUCCUAAUGUACAGCAACUCGAGUGUAACCUGCGCAACUUUGCUCAGAUUAUUGAGGCAGAUGAAGUCUUACUGUUUGAAAGAGCCACUUUCCUGGUGAUUUCUCAUUAUCAGUGUAAGGAGCAGCGAGACGCUCAUCGCUUUGAGAAGAUCAGUAACAUUAUUAAACAGUUCAAGCUCAGCUGCAGUAAAUUGGCCGCCUCAUUCCAGAGUAUGGAAGUACGCAACUCGAACUUUGCAGCCUUUAUCGACGUAUUCACGUCCAACACAUACGUCAUGGUUAUCAUGUCUGACCCGACUAUACCGUCUGCUGCCACCCUCAUCAACAUUCGGAAUGCCAGGAGACAUUUUGAGAAGCUGGAGCGAGUAGAUGGACCCAAACACAGUCUGCACAUGCGCAUGCGCUAGACAUACAACACAUGCAGCACGGAACGCGAGUGUGUGCAGCAUGCACGUCUAAACCUCUUUUACAUACAUGCCACCCAAGCUAUUGAAAUUAAAGCUGUGUCCUUCAUUUUAUCUUUCAAACCAUAUCAGGAAGCUAGUGAUUAUAUAUAUAUAUAUAUAUACACACACACACACGGUUGAAGUCAUUAAAACGUCAAAUGAAGUCAUUUAGGACAUAUACGUUUUGCAUGACAUGAGUAAUUUUUCCAACAAUUGUUUACACUUUUAAUUGACUAUAUCACAAUUCCAGUAGGUCAGAAGUUUACUACGUUAACUGUGCCUUUCAACAGCUUGGAAAAUUCCAGAAAAUUAUGUCAAGCCUUUAGGCACUUAGCCAAUUAACUUCUGAUUGGAGUCAAUUGGAGGUGUACCUGUGGAUGUAUUUUAAGGCCUACCUUUAAACUCAGUGCCUCUUUGCUUGACAUCAUGGGAAAAUUAAAAGAAAUCAGCCAAGACCUCAGAAAAGGUCUGGUUCAUCCUUGGGAGCAAUUUUCAAAUGCCUGAAGGUACCACAUUUAUCUGUACAAACAAUAGUAUGCAAGUAUAAACACCAUGGGAACAUGCAGCCAUCAUACCACUCAAGAAGGAGAUGCAUUCUGUCUCCUAGAGAUGAAUGUAAUUUGGUGCAAAAAGUGCAAAUCAAUCCCAGAACAAUAGCAAAUGACCUUGUGAAGAUGCUGGAGGAAACAGGUAGACAAGUGUCUAUAUCCACAGUAAAAGAGUCCUAUAUCGACAUAGCCUGAAAGGCUACUCAGCAAGGAAGAAGCCACUGCUCCAAAACCACCAUAAAAUAGCCAGACUACAGUUUGCAAGUGCACAUGGGGACAAAGAUCUUACUUUUUUGGAGAAAUUUCCUCUGGUCUGAUGGAACAUAAAUGGAACUUUUUGGCCAGUGCAUGUAAACUUCUGACCCACUGGGAAUGUGAUGAAAGAAAUAAAAGCUGAAAUAAAUCAUUCUUUCUACUAUUAUUCUGACAUUUCACAUUCUUAAAAUAAAAUAGUGAUCCUAACUGACCUAAGCCAGGGAAUGUUUUCUACGAUUAAAUGUCAGGAAUUGUGAGUUUAAAUGUAUUUGGCUAAGGUGUAUGUAAACUACUGACUUCAACUGUGUGUAUAUACACUACCGUUCAAAAGUUUAGGGUCACUUAUUCUUUAUUUUUUUUAUUUUUUCACAUUUUAGAAUAAUAGUAAAGUCAUGACAACUAUGGAAUAAUAGAAAUGGAAAUAUAGGAAUUAUGUUGUGACUAAAAAAAUCCAAAAUAAAUCAAAACUGUGUUAUAUUUUAGCAUCUUCAAAGUGGCCACACUUUGCCUAAAUUUUGCAGAAAUGUACUCUUGACAUUUUCUCAACCAACUUCUUGAGGUAUCACCCUGGGAUGCUUUUUAAACAGUACUGAAGGAGUUCCCAUCUAUAUGCUGGGCAUUUAGUGGCUGCUUUUCUUAAUUAUUCGGUCCAAGUCAUCCAUUUCAAAAAAAAAUUUUUUUUUUUUUUUUUUAAAUAAAAUGUUAGUUUUGUUAUUAAAUAAAUUAAUAUGUUGGCACAAUUAUAUUUUUGUCUACAAAACUAAUUUCAAAAGAUCAAAAGAUUUUUAAGAUCAUGAGAAACAUUUUAGGCAAGUGACCCCAAACUUUUGAACGGGGGUGUGUGUGUGUGUGUGUGUAUAUGUGUAUAUAUAUAUAUGUAUGUGUGUGUAUGUAUAUAUACGUACGUACGUAUGUAUGUAGACGGAGAGAGAUUUAUUAUUCUAUUACUCAGUGCGAUCACUUCUUUCUAUAUGCUUUAUGGCAAACAUAUGUCGAUAGGAAAGCUUAACAGCGUCAGCAACAGUAACUAAGGAAAGAUAGGUCUUUCUCUCUCAAUUUCAAAUUCAAGUGAGCUUUAUUUUCAUGACUGUAUGCAAUGCAAAAUGUUGCCAAAGCAUUCGUUAACAAAAAAGCAAGCAAACAAACAAACCAUGUAUUACGUACUUAUAAUAAUAAUGGGGCCUGGGUAGCUCAGUGAGUAAAGAAGCUGACUACUACACCUGGAGUCGUGAGUUCAAAUUCAGGGCGUGCUGAGUGACCCCAGCCAGGUCUCUUAAGCAACCAAAUUGGCCCAGUUGCUAGGGAGGAUAGAGUCACAUGGGGUAACCUCCUCGUGGUCGCUGUAAUGUGUGGUUCUUGGUUGGGUGCGUGGUGAGUUGUGCGUGGAUGCCGCGGAGAAUAGCGUGAAGCUUCCACAUGCGCUACGUCUCGGUAACGCGCUCAACAAGCCACGCGAUUCGAUGCAUGGAUUGACAGUCUCAGACGAGGAGGCAAAGAUUUAGCACACAUUCUGCUGCUAAAUCUUUACAUUCAGCCUUAUCGCCUAGAACAUAUGACAGUUGCUCUAUAUUACUCACUCUGCUGAAUUCAGGCAGGAUCUUUUAUAUGAGUAUAAAGUAUGUGCUUUUAAUGGUCUCAUAUUUACUACACUCAGUGAGGAAAUGAAGUUAUUCCUUUAUGACUUCUUAAGAGCAGUGUGAACAGCCUGUUCUGUCUGGGUCUCCAGCUCUGUCUGUGUCGACUGUGCUCACUCACACAGUACUUCGUUAGAAGCUUUCUUUGACGUUAGUCUUUAAAUGUAUAUUCUAAAGUCUUAAUUUUUUGAAAGCAGUUCAAUUUGUAUGUUACUUUGAGUUUGCCAAUAAUGGAGGUAUUCUUUUGUUGUUUUUUGUGUUUGUGUAAGUUUUGACCACCUGAAUUGAAUUGAUGACAGUUUGUCCACUAAAUACUGUAAAGGGUCACUCUCUGGGUGUGCUGCUCUGUUUAUGUGUGAUGCACACAGUGAUGCUGGUUUUUUGGGGAAGAGUCUGACAGGUAGAACCAGAACUUACUGGCUCUCUUUUGAAUAUCAGUCAUAAGAGGGAAUGUGCCCAGUUCUGCCCUACAGCCCAAGUUUUGAAGCACUUCUGUGAACUCCCAGGAUGUUUUUACAUAAUUCAAGGUAGAAAAUUUAAACUGGACUUUUGUCCCAGGACUCUUAAUUCAGUUUAUAUUUGGGGCCCGAGAUUUCACUGCCAUAGAGAAGUAUGGGUUUGAUGAUGAAGUCAAAAAUUUUCAGUCACAGUUUAUUAGGGAGGUUAAAGUGAUUUAAUAUAGUGGUUGACUGAUAUAUCGGCAAGGCUGAUAAUUCUGCCGAUAUUCUGAAUUUUUUUAGUAAUCGGCAUUGGCCGAUAAAUUUUCCCGUUUGGUCGAUUUUAUUUUUUAAUUUUUUUACGUGCCAUCGUGUUAAUGCAAUAAUCGACUGGUAUGCAACACAGUAUCAUUUAAACGGCCCGCACAUCAGAGCUGUGACAGAUGCGUUUGAGCUCAUAAUGUUAUAGUGCUCGCCUGUUUCAUUAUCCCUCUCUCUCUCCUCAACAAUUCCCUGUAACUUUUGACUGUCUUGUCUAAUGAUAAAAAGGCAAAUAUCAUAUACCAUCUGCAAAUAUGCGCAUAUCUCGUUUAAACAGAUGUAAUAAACCAACCUCACACAACUUCAGCAGAUCCAGCGUACUGUGGAGUGCUCAUAAAUCUUCCUCUAAAGUACAUACACUAACAGUCUCUCCUCAUCAGUUCCCUGGAACUUUUCUAAUGAUAAAAGGCAAAUAUCAAUAAAACUUCUGUUAUAUACAGUCUGCAAAUAUGCAAAUAUCUUGUUUAAACAGAUGUAAUUCGUGUGUUUUCUUCCCAUCGAGCGCUCAUCUAAUAUCUUCCUCCUGAAGCACGUUAUUCUAUCAGCCAGAAUUAAAAAACAUAAGGAUCAAAAGUUCCUCUCAUUCACAAAUCAUGAUGGUACGUCUGUGACAAUCCAAGUAGGAGAUCCAGGCCAUUUAAACUGUCAGGAGAUAGUUGCUCGCGCUGGAUCCACACGGGCGCGUGAGCGCAACUUCAAGGCUGUGUCCGAAACCAGGAAAAUGCUACCUCCUGAGGUUGUAUAUGGAGGUAAAAUAAAAAUAAGGUGCUUUUAAAACUGUUCGGAGACCAGUCUCUUUGAGUUAAGCCAUUAACUGAUUAGGCAGCAAGGUAGCAAGUCAGCUGCCUAUGUUUUCAGAUGCAGCCCAAGGUAAAAGCGCUUCACGUAUCCUAUAAGUAAAUGUCUUAUUCACUAUUCACUGUAUGUGCAAUUGGUUUGAUUCGGUAAUUUUUUUAGAAAAUGCAAUUGCUAACGUGGACAUGCCAUCCAUGGUUGCUGGACUGCUGUGUGUACUGUUAUUUCCUCCUUCCUAAUAUAUUAACAAUUUCUUCAUGAGCAAAUAAAUUAACAGAAAAAACAGAAAUCUGAAGAAACUGCUAUCUACCAUUUAAAAUACAAUAUAAUUUUUUUGUUUUGUGUGAAAUUGAGUAAAUAUAGUGCUUAAUAAGUUUAUAAAUUUUAUGUUUGUUAUUUACUAUAUUAAAUUGUGUGAUAUAUUGGCAUUGUAUCAGCCUAUCGGCCACCCUGCUCUCUGGAUAUCGGCCAUUAAAAAACCCAUAUCAGUGGACCACUGCUAUAAUAUGCUCUAUACAAGCUUUGUCCAUUAAGUCUUUUACUGCCAAGUCAAAUUGUCCAGAAGCCGAGAUUGUUAGACAUAGAAAAUUAUAACUAGUAACAUGACUAUGAAUUGGUCCCUCAAAUUUAAAAACAUUUUUUUUUUCUUAUAAGAUGGUUUUCUUUUGAAAAAUGAUCACUUUUGACUUGUCCAUGUUUAUUGGUAAUGCCAAGUUACUGCAGAAAUUUCUAGAAUUGAGAGGAUUUUAUGUAAUCCCUCUUAAGUAGGUGAGAGCAGCAGCAGAUUGACUGCGCGCAGAAGACAUUUGAUUUCUCUAGUUUGUUAAUUUCCUCGAGUGAGUCAGGGCUACAUGAGUUUUGAAGCACUGUGGCCAAUUCAUUGAUAUAAAUAUUAAAGUGGACUUAGACUGCAGCAUUGACAACUCCCUUAUUCUGGGUGAAAUAUUCAGUACGGUUUUAGUUUAUUUUAAUGCAGCAUUUGUUGUCUUUAUAUUAGUGUUUUAAAUUGAUAAAAAAUUAUUAAAAAUAAUGAUUAAAUAAUAAUAAAUAGUUAUAUUUAAAUUAUUAUAAAUAAUAUAUAUGUUAUAAAAUAAUCAUAAUUCAGAUAACUAAAAUGCAUUACUUUAUUGUGGCAGACAAGUAAAGCAUUGAUAAGACAAUAAAAAAACAAUUGGCUUUAGAAGCCAAAAUAUUGCUUAUUCCCAUAUUAUUGAACAUACGCCUAUCAUUGGCUUACAGUUCACAGCAAUCCAUUUUGCAACUGAAUUCGUCAGUCAGUCUGAGAUUUAUUACAGUAUAACACUCUGUCUACACCGGGCACGUCCGUUGAUGCAACGCGACGGCUUGAGGCUGUCCACACUGGACGCGUGGAUACGAACAUUCUAAACCAUUUAUUUGUGUUGUUGACAGUACUAGUAACCAAAUAGUUCUAAAAUAGAAUGGGACACCAGUGUAGAUGGCAUCAUUGAAUAUAAUGGGUUCUAUUGCUUUUAAUAUGACGUGUGAUUUGCGUCUGGUGUAGAUGGUGUAAAGGCUUUUCUAAGGACGCGACAAUGUACAGAUGCAUCAGACAAACGCCUGUUGAGUGUCUCAUUUUGGUUGUCACUUCAUAAACAUACUGGUUUUAGGUCGCUGUGUCAAGUUUAACGCAGUUUGACUAGAUUCACUAGAUUCUAUAUUGUUCACCCAGUCUCCCCAUCCCUAAAACCUAGGUGUGAACAGCUACAGUACCCAGGGGUUCCAUCACGUGUCAAAGUAGUAUUGCCAAGUCUUCAUGCCAAAUGUUGUUUUCUUCUUUUUUUUUUUUUCUCAUUUACAUAAACAUAUUAUCACUGCAUACUUGCAUAUAAGUAUAUUUUUAUGAAUUUUAUGAUGUUAUGAAUUUGUUCUCUGGGUAUGCAGAGAAACCUGAUAAAUAAGUGUACCCUUAUUGUGUACGGGGGUCCAUGGGCAUGCACCCACAUGAUCAAUUUUUUGCAAAAACACCAUAAGUGUUCAAUUUUGGUGACUUUGAGAGAAGCAUUUUUAUAUUUUCUUCAGUAUGUUUACUAACAUUUAUGUAACAGUUUGCUGCAAAGCAUUUAUAAAAUACUUGUUUAUGUGACACAGCACUAGUUGAAGUUUCUCAGUUACUUCUCAGAAACCAGCUUUUUGUUUCAAUUGAUUGUAGAUAAAUAUCCACUUCAUCCAGGACUGUUUUUUCACUGCAUGUUUUACUGCAUGAGAAACAAUCUCACCUAAACCUCACAGGGGCUACUUUUCUUAAAUGUCUUUUUUUAUUAUUAUUAUUUUGUGUGUAUGUAUGUAUGUGUGUGUGUAUAUAUAUAUGUAUGUAUGUGUGUGUAUAUAUAUAUAUGCAAAAGUUUGGGCACCCCUGGUCAAAAUUUCUGUUGCUGUGAAUAGUUAAGUGAGUAGAAGAUGAACUGAUCUCCAAAAGACAAAGUUAAAGAUGAAAUAUUCUUUUCAACAUUUUAAGCAAUAUUAGUGUAUUAUAUUUAUUUUGUAAAAUUUUAGAGUGAAAAAAGGGCCCCAUGCAAAAGUUUGGGCACCCCAAGAGAUUUGAGCUCUCAGAUAACUUUUACCAAGGUCUCAGACCUUAAUUAGCUUGUUAGGGCUAUGGCUUGUUCACAGUCAUCGUUUGGAAAGGCCAGGUGAUGUAAAUUUCAAAGUUUUAUACAUACUCUGACUCCUCAAAUCUUGUCCCAACAAUCAGCAGCCAUGGGCUCCUCUAAGCAGCUGCCUAGCACUCUGAAAAUUACUUUAAUUGAUGCCCACAAAGCAGGAGAAGGCUAUAAGAAGAUAGCAAAGUGUUUUCAGAUAGCCUUUUCCUCAGUUCAUAAUGUAAUAAAGAAAUGGCAGUUAACAGGAAUGGUGGAGUUCAAGUUGAGGUCUGGAAGACCCAGAAAACUUUCAGAGAGAACUCCUCGUAGGAUUGCUAGAAAGGCAAAUCAAAACCCCUGUCUGACUGCAAAAGACCUUAAGGAAGAUUUAGCAGACUCUGGAAUAGCGGUGCACUGUUCUACUCUUCAGCAACACCUGCACAAAUAUGACCUUCAUGGAAGAGACAUGUGAAGAAAACCUUUCCCGCAUCCUCACCACAAAUUUCAGCGUCAGAAGUUUGCAAAUGAACAUCUAAACAAGCCUGUUGCAUUUUGGAAACAAGUCCUGUGGACUGAUUAAGUUAAAAUAUAACUUUUUGGCCGCAAUGAGCAAAGGUAUGUUUGGAGAAAAAAGGGGGCAGAAUUUCAUGAAAAGAACACCUCUCCAACUGUUAAGCAUGGGGGUGGAUCGAUCAUGUUGUGUUGAUGCCAGUGGCACAGGGGAACAUUUCACUGGUAGAGGAAAGAAUGGAUUAAAUUAAAUACCAGCAAAUUCUGGAAGCAAACAUCACACCAUCUGUAAAAAAGAUGAAGAUGAAAAGAGGAUUGCUUUUACAACAGGAUAAUGAUCCUAAACACACCUCAAAAUCCACAGUGGACUACCUCAAAAGGCGCAAGCUGAAGGUUUUGCCAUGGCCCUCACAAUCCCCCGACCUAAACAUCAUCAAAAAUCUGUAGAUAGACCUCAAAUGAAUUUCACAAAACUAGAAGCCUUUUGCAAGGAAGAAUGGGCGAAAAUCCCCCAAACAAAAAUUGAAAGACACUUAGCUGGCUACAAAAAGCUUUUACAAGUUGUGAUACUUGCUAGGGGGUGUUAAAAAGUACUGACCAUGCAGGGUGCCCAAACUUUUGCUUCGGGCCUUUUUCCUUUUUUGUUAUUUUGAAACUGUAAAAGGUGAAUAUAAAAAAGUAAAACUGCUUAAAAUAUUAAAGAAAUGUGUCAUCUUUAACUUUAAGCCUUUUGGAAAUCAGGCCAUCUUUUGCUUGCUUAGGUAGUCACAGCAACAGAAAUUUUGAUCAGGGGUGCCCAAACUUUUGCAUGCCACUGUAUAUAUAGAAGUCAAAAAUGCAGUACAAAAUUUGGCUACAUUCAUGUCAAGAUGACUUGUAAUAAAUGACUUAUUACCCUGUAAUAAAUUUCACAAAAACUGUAAUACCUAUUGAACCCAAACAGAGGAAUUAAAAAAAUAAUAAUAAUAAAUAAAUAAAA